AUGGAGCAGAGCCGGUGGAGUCUCGACACUGAUGAGAUGGAGAUGGCCUCGUGCCUUCCCUCGCGGCCAUCAACGCCGCAGACUGUCAAGGCUCUCCUUCGCUCCCCGGGGUCCCCCUUGAGGACUCUGGGGAAGAAGUUGAGCCUGACAGGCUUGUCUGUGCGGAGCCGAAGGACUUCGCCAGACAGAGGGGACAGCACGAGGCUGAAGAAGGAUCACGUGGGUGUUUCUUCGGGUCCGGUCCCCCCCCUCUACAACAGACGUAGAGGAGGGUCGUUUAGGCCCUUGUCAAUUGUGACUGGGACGCCGUUCGAAUUUGACGUGAAUCGGGCAAUGGAAAUUGUCCAAAAUCACUCAGAUUCCUCAUCACCGACCCGCGACCCUGUCAAGCAAACCAACCACCUUGACACCAUGAAGCCCCUACGAGAAGACGACGAAAAGACAAUCAAACCCGCUCGAUCUUUCAUCAUGGCACCUCCGAACCUCUCGCCUCAAGGUGACGCAUCUGCACGAGAAAGCGCCAACAACGGCCAGGCUCAAAAGCACAAGGAACAGAAAGUCGUUGUCGCAGAUUUCCCGCGUCUGAGAAGAAUCCCCGCGCCAGACAUUAGCCAACAUCCCGUGCUCCAGCCUGAUCCCUAUUCCUCCACAAGUGACGCGCCUCUCCUGUUCACUACCUCUAGAAAAGAAGAAAUCAAGCGAAUGGUGAAGGAGGCUAGACGACGAUUUGACGAAAAGGAGCGUGAAGCUGAGCGUCAAGAGGCCGAAGGCGAAAAGGCUGAAGAUGAAGCUCGAGUCAGAAACAAAAUCGAGCCCAACACAUUGCCAAAACCUGGGAACGCGUUUGCCAGAGACAACUACAACAAUGGCGGAAACCAAGAGAACCCAUUCGCCGUGAAGGCCAUCAGCACGGGACACACUACAAGUCCAAAUACAAGUCCAAACCCACCAGAGGCAUUUGCUUGUCGACCCAUCCGUCCUCGUCAAAUCUCUGACACUGCAAACACCAACAAUGUUGGGAACAACCAGGCAGCGUUCCAGAUUAGCGCCGAAAACGUACACACUGAUAUCUUCAAUGUCUUCAGUGAAGGCUCACCCGUGGCUGGCACACCUACAACAUGCAAGACUUCGGCCGACAGUGGCAAGUCGACCACCACACCACUCUCAGAGGGAUUGGAGCAGAAGAGGACUGGUUUACGCAAGGUCACUGAUUUGUUCAAGACAAAGUCUGAGAAGCCUCAGUCUGACUUUGCCUCGCCCAAGGGUUCUACUGACAUGCUUCACCGACCUGACCUUGAACGCUACUUGCGCACCACCACCAACAACCAUAGCUAUGACUAUGACGAGGGACAACCAUAUCCACGUCACCCAUACACAAGUCGAGCCUGGCACUCUCGCAACCUCAAAUGCACUACUUGCCUCGAUCACUGCUGCGCUGUCUGUGGUCGCGCCUGCUGUGCCUACAAAGCCGCAGCACUCGCCGUCAAGAUCCACAAGGACAAUCCGGAAUCCCUUAAGACUGCAGAAGAGAGACUCCUCCAGAUCGCCUUCCUAUUCCCAUAUGGCCAGGAGGCGCCUACUUUCCUUCAAUGCACUAAGGGUGGUUCGAUUGGCUGUGGCAAGAUGGUCUGUCCCGAUUGCUGUGGAGAAUGCCCCAACCCGAUCUGCAAGGACAUCCAGUGCCGAAAAUGCAAGAAGAAUCCAUGGGCCGAAUGUUUGUGGCAUGAUGAGGAUAUGAAUCGCCGCGCUCUAUGA